AUGCUAUCGGAGGAAUUCUACUCCUGUAUUUGCGGCCCGCCUAUUGCGGCAAACACGGCCGUGUCCAAAGAUAUUGGCAUCUACGCCCAUACUCUCAGCCCCAGCUACACUGUCAAGUCAACUCUCAAGAGAAGUGCUACCCCGGCCCACUGCCUGGCUGUCAGUGACUCGCAUGUCUUUGCCGCCCAGCACGAAAAGUCCCAGGUCCACGUCUACUCGAGAUCGCGGGGCAUCCAAGAAACAGUCGUUACCUUCCCAGAGCGGAUUCGGAGCUUGGCGUUGAUUGACGAUGUCUUAGCGUUAGGCACCUCUGAGGGCAGGCUGAUCUUGUGGGAGACAUGCACCGGUCGCCAGCUGGUCACACCACCUUGCCACGUCCAGGCCGUUUCGUGUCUAGCCGUCACGCCCUAUCACAUCCUCACAGGCUCCGAAGACUCUAACAUUCAUGUUUGGACAAUCUCGCGUCUGCUGGAGCUGGACGCUUCGGUGGAGAGCGAGCCAGACCGUACGCUUUCCAACCACAGGGCUGCCAUCACAUCGCUCGCUGUCAGCGGCAGUGUCAACCCGGAAACCAACAUCUGCGUCUCGUCCAGCAAAGACAAGACCUGCAUCAUCUGGAACUAUCAAACGGGCGAUGUUCUGCGUACACUACUGUUCCCCACGGCUCCGCUGUGCGUUUCCAUGGAUCCCUGCGGUCGUGCCGUCUUCGUUUCAUCUGAGGACAGGGCUCUCCACCUCGUAGAGCUCUUCGGUGAGAAGCCGCUCAUUGGUCCGAAUAGCACUGAAUCAUCGUCGACUGUCGUCCAAGUAAAUUCACCGAUUGGAGUCGCUGAUGAAGAUGCUGGCUCGGCCUUGUGCUUGGCACCAAACCAUGAUGGCACAACAAUCUUAUCCGGUCACGCAAAAGGCAAAAUCCUGCAAUGGCAACUGGCCGAAAACGGGCACCCCACAGAGUUGACAGAUCUCAAUGCCUCUGUGACGAACUUGGUGUUUCCGCCAUUGCUGCAAACACCUCGACCCACAAAAGCUGUUGCAGUUGUCAAGCCCACUCAGACCGAGCGGCAACUCACCUUCACAUCUCAACUAAACACAAGUCUCGAACAAGAGACGAGAUUCGGCAAGAUGCUCAAUGGCUUUGGCUUGCCUGAUGAUGCGCUUGAGGCCGCCAUUCUUUCGUUCCAGGAGUCUCAUGCACAACAAAGUGCCACGGAUGAAGAGGCUCAGCAGGAGACUGAAGUGUUGUGGGAUAUUAUCAACGAGCAACGGGCGCUACACAAGCUGACUAUGCAGCCGUACCACGAAGCCAAAUCAUCUCAUACCUGA